GCACAAUCAGACAAAAAGUCCUAAAAAUCCAGCCCCGAGCGCCUUCCCGUCAUCACCAUGCCGUGCUGCAGGCUGCGCGCUCUGUGUCAGUACGAAACCAACAAGCUGGUCCGGAUCCAGAGCGUCCGGCUCGGCUCACUCAAGUGGAGCCUGAACGGAGCCAUUCUGCUCUUCAUCUGUAUCAUGAUGCUGUGGAACAGGAAGUACCAGGAGUUUGACCUGGUGGUUAGCUCCGUUACCACCAAGGUGAAGGGUGGGGCUCAGGCCUCGCUGCUUGGGGUCAGGAACAUGGUGUGGGACGAGGUGGACUACAGCGGGCCGUGGAAGGGCAAAAACUCCUUCUUUGUGGUGACCAACGUCAUUGUGACAAAGAAUCAGAAGCAGGGGAAAUGUGCACAGGUUCCUGUUAAAGGCAGACUCUGUCGCACCGAUCAGGACUGUGAGAAAGGAGCCUGGGAUCAGCAGAGACAUGGGAUUCAGACGGGAUCGUGCGUGAAGUUUGAUGUACUGAAGAAAACCUGUGAAGUUUCUGCAUGGUGUCCAGUCGAAACCACAUCGACCCCUCCAAGGCCUGCUCUGCUGGCAGCAGCUGAGAAUUUCACGGUCCUCAUCAAAAACAACAUCCGGUUCCCGGCCUUCAACUACAUCAGAAGGAACAUCCUACCACAGAUGAAUGAUGCCUACCUGAGGAGCUGCCACAGAGAAAACGACUCCCUGUGCCCCAUCUUCAGACUGGGAGACAUCAUCCGAGAGGCCGGGGAGAAGUUCUCAGAGAUGGCAGUGGAGGGAGGCGUCAUCGGCAUCCUGAUCAAAUGGGACUGCAACCUCGACCCGCUCAUGCAGCGCUGCCUCCCCAGGUACUCUUUCAAGCGUCUGGAUGAAAAGGAGAGCAACAAGACGCUCUAUCCCGGCCUCAACUUCAGGUACGCAAAGUACAGCACGGUGAACGGCGUGGAGGAGCGAACCCUCUACAAGGCCUUUGGGAUCAGAUUUGAUGUCAUGGUGUUUGGACAGGCGGGAAAGUUUAGCUUCAUUCAGCUCAUCAUCUACAUCGGUUCAACGCUGUCAUACUACGCGCUGACAACCAUCCUGAUUGACUGGUUGAUUGGAACCAGCUGUUACUCUGCAGAGGUCGGACAAAACUACUCUGAGAGGAAAGUGGAGUCAGUCCGCGACCAAGAGAAGUGCAUCCUGUGUGUGUCCUACAUUGAUGAGAACAACCUUCGACUGGUGAAAAGGUCACAAAAGAAAAGUUUACAGGACAUCAAACCGAUAUCUGUUCAGCCACGUAAGGAGGACAUGGGACAUUUGAGAGCCAUUCUCUGUCUCCUGCAGACAGAUGAUGACACGAAUCACGAUGUUCAGCCUUCCCUCCACCAGAAAAGCGACCCAAACGCCAAACCGCGUCGUCCAGCCUGGUGUAUGUGUGACUUCUGCGCUGCUUCCUCUCUCCCGCAGGAGGAGCUGUGCUGCAGGCGGAGCGAGGGCACCUGCAUCACCUCGUCUCCUCUGUUUGAGCAGCUGGUGCUGCGGCGCUCCCUGCUGGAGGCAGUGCUUCUGUACCAGGAUCCCCUGUCUCCUUCAGGCAAACAGGUUCAGACCGCCGCCCUGCGUCACUGCGCCUACAGACAGUACAUCAGCUGGCGGUUUGGGGUUCCACCUAACGACUCCCAUCCUGCCGUCCCCAGCUGCUGCGUGUGGAGAGUCAGGAGGGAGUACCCGAGCCCUGAUGGACAGUACAGUGGCUUCAGACCGGAAAUGAUGACUUCCAUGCAGGCCUGCGCUAAUGGAGAGCUGUGAGAGGAACAUUUUCACAUUACAGAGCAUGGAAGCCGUCACUAACUGACCUACUAACAAUGUUCACAUGUAAAGCCUUCCUUACAAAGCAGAACAAAAAUGCAAUAACUUUGCUCAUCUGUGCAGAAAAUGACUCAGUUUGUUUCAGCUUGUGUUCAGUGAAGGGAAACCUCAGCACGUCAAUAAAUCACUGCAUUUUCUCAAAUCUGUCAAGUCGUUUGGCUGCUCGGCUGCUGUUUUUCUCACAUUCGCUCUCUUUAUGCUGCUUUUUGCCUUUAUAGGGCAGGAAUAAGUCUCGUCAGGCUCAGACAAAGGAUUUCUCCUGCCAGGAAUGUGUUCACAUUCAUCAUAUUAUAUGGAAAGAUGGAGAGUUUUGUUCCAGUACGGGAAAGAAACAAUCUCCAGUAGCUUAAGGCUGGAGUUGUGAAUUCUUUACACAAUAUUCCUUUCAUUUCUCUGAGGUUCACUGACCACAGUAAGCUGGGAAACCUGAGUGUGUGAUUGAUUUCAUCAGUGCACAGACAGGAGAGUAAAAGCAGCAGCUGUUUAUUGGUGGGUACGGGCAGCUGACACACCUGGGCCUGAUCUGGGCCCCUUCAGCUCAGUUAUGACCCUGCGUAAUGUUGGGAGGACCAGAUGUGGCCCAAAUGCCUCGUCACUCUUGACUUCUGGUCCCUGUAAGGUGGAUGUGUGGCUGAGUUAAAGCCAAAUGGGGUCGUGCUCCUACUGUGAUUAAACCCGGAAAUGCUGCUCACAGGUGGUCCCAUUAAUUUUUGAUGUAUUAUUGGGGUUUAUUUUUAAACUUUGGGCGGAGCCAGAACACCUGUUUAACCCUGGAUUCUGGCUUCAGCUAUUCUAGGUUCCUCCUUCAUUAAGCUGCUCAGAGGCUAAUUACAGUUGGCAUUAUUAGGGGAACGUCACAGCUGUCUGACGGGCUUCAGCUAAUUCAAGCCACUAAAUUGGACCCCUUGACUAUUUUUGUGGUGUUGGUGCCUUUUAGAGAAUUGCAAUUAUCUAACAAAUGAUGUGUGCUGAGCUGAUCUUACAGCACGUCUAAGGGGUACGUGCUCCAGUUUUGGUGAAUGAAAGUACUUAUUAGUACUUACUAGUCUGAUACUUAGCACUACUCAUUAUUUAAGGUCAGUGCAUGGUGAACAUUUCUGACACUUAAUCACCACUUUGGCAGAAUUGGAUUUCCCUCGUGUGUUAACAAGUAAAUGAACAAUUAAAACACUUGUUUUUUAUGGGUGUGCGCACUAUGACCUUCAGUCCUUUCUGUUGUCACUGGUCACUUAAAAAAGAAACAACUCAGCAUGGUGGCAGCUAUGGUGGCGUCAGGGUGACACCUGCAUCCAUCUACUAUACACACUAUUAAUGUU